UUGUGUACUUGUGUACUAUCUCUAUGGUUAGUGUAGUGCGGAUGAGUGUGUGCUGUGGUACUCUCAGGUACUCUGUAGUAUGUUAGUAUGUAGAAGACUUUCACAUGAAGCUCGAUGUGUUUAACCGGAAACUGAGGAGCUUUUUCUGGUUGUUGAGCUGAAAAGAGGAAAAAAACGAUGAGCAGCAGAAACAUGAAGCAGCUUCAGCGCUCGGUUCCUCCUUCUGCUUCUCUCAGAGCUUCUCGUCAUGUCGGACAGGAGAAAGUUUUCAGCCAAAACCAGUUAAAUUAGUGGUUUUACUGGGAGAUAAAAGUGGAAUCUGAGUCUGUGUUGAUUCUAACGGAUCCUCGGUGUUUAUGAUGGAUGUUGAUGUAAAAGACGACCCAGCAAAGGCCACACAGGCACCGUGCCCGGGUAAAGCUGGCUGGCUGAAGAAGUCGUCGGGGAAGUUCCUGGGCAGCUAUAAGGACCGCUACAUCCAGCUGGAGAAAACUGAGAUCGCCGUGUACGAGAACGAGGAUUUAAAGAACUGUGUCGAGCGCCUGGAUCUGGAAAACUAUGAGAAAUGCCUGGAGUUACGCAGCCCCUUCAAAAAGAAAUACAGACUAGUUCUGAUCCGAGCACCCAAGAGUGGGAGUAAGGUCUGUGAUAUUAAACUUCAGGCUUCAAAUCAGGAGGAGAAAGAGAUUUGGAUCAAAGCCCUCAGUGAUGGAAUCAACAAAGCAAAGAAUAAAGUAUUUGAUGAGGUAAAAGUAGAUGAAAGUUUAUCUUUAGAGCACGUGACCCGAUCUCGACCGAAGGGAAACAGAGGGAGGAGACCACCAACCAGGAUACACAUGAAGGAGACUGCAAACAUCUCAUCAGAUGGAGUCCUGAUACUGGACCUGGAGGACAGUAAACCUAAUGGAACCCACUUCCUGAGUGUUGAUGGGAGUGCACAGGCGCCUCCGUCAAAAUCUUUCGAUGCCAUUCCAGAGGAGGACAUGGAUGAAGAUUCUGCAGCUCCAAAGAAAGUUCUAAAGCCACCAAUGCCUCCAUCCAAGGAAAACAAACCCAGUGAAAACCAGGAGGGUGAGGCCGGACCGGAGGAAGCUGCUCCACAGAAGAAGAUUCUUAUGCCUCCGAUGCCUCCAUCAAAGGAACAGAAGCCACCUCAGAAUGUUCAGGAGGAACCAUCAGGCAGUGAGAUGGAAGAAAAGAAAGUUGUAAAGCCACCCAUGCCUCCAUCAAAAGAAAACAAACCAAGAAUUUCUUCAACUGGAGACACGACUGAGGACAGCAGCAGCUCAGAGAACGAAGAGUCUGAAGCAGGAAGCACCAGAGACACGCCCAGUCAGGAGCAGGAGAAGAUAGAGGACACAGAGUCAUCUAAAUCUGGACCAAUCAUGAAAACCCACCAUCCACCAACCCCACCUUUAAAAGACGUGAAACCCAAGCCCCAUCAUCAAGGUGUCAAUAAUAAAGGAAGUAUGGAGGUCGUUGAGACAGCUGAGGAGUCGGAUAUGACUAAGACAAAAGAUGUUCCAAAGCAGCAAGGCGUAAUGUGGGACUCACCUUCAGGAUUACAGAAAAGUUCUGCUGACCACAGUGAGGCCGUUCAGAAGAGUCCCGGCCGUCCUGCCCCGCCUAAAAAGAAACCAGUCAAGGUCCCUGUCAAAACGGAGGACCAGACUGAGGGAGUUCCUGAAUCUGUGGAGCCCAAAGAGGAGCAAAAGAUCAUCAUCCUGAGUCCUAACAGUUCUGAAAUAAGUGAGGAGACCAACAACAAAUCUGCUGUGGAACUGGAUGAAAAGUCUAUAGACAGCGGUCAGAUCUCGGCUGAGGAGUCUGAAAGUAGUGACCAGGUGACGCCAUCGACGGAUAAGCUGCAGAGCAGUCUGGAAGUCUUAGACGGAGUGACCAGCGAAGAGGAACUUGAGCCAUCUGACAGCAAGAAGGAUCCACCUUCAUCCAGCCCAGUUACUGCUGCAGGCACAGCGCUGAAAUCCUCCAAACUAAAAUCUGCAUCCAUGGGAGACCUUCUCAACUGCCUGCUUGCUCCAGAAUCUGCUGAAGGUCAGAACAUGGAGGACCUGCAAACUAAAGUGUCCAUGGAGAUUAAAAAGACAGAAGAGCUGCUGGAUAAAAUAACACCCAGAGAACCUUCUGAAGGACCCGGGGACACUGACGGGGUUCCAGACCCGGAGGUUCUUCUCACCGCUGCGAUGGAGAAGCUUAGAAAAGCUGAGCAGUUUCUGCGAGAGGCCAAAAGUUUAAAAGAGCAAGAAAACAAGAGCAACAGAACAAGCUGGUAACUGAAAAAGUGCAAUUAUUUUCCCUCGUCUCUUUUAUACUGGACCACUGAGUAGAGGAUCGAUUUAUCUAGAGUUAAAGUUCAGUAAUAGUUGGGACAGGAUGUGAAAUGCUGGUAAAAGCAGUCAGCAGUGAUUAGAUUAGUAUUAGAUUAACUGUAUAAAACAGGAUGUUGUACUUAUCGAUUGUUAAGGACCUUGAUCUUGAUUGGCUGAAUUAUUCACUGAUGCAUUUUUGGCGCCUCGACCCGUCCCGGCUCACGAAGAACUUGAUGUUUCUAAGCUACUUUUUUUUUACCUAAACAUAAUUCACUGCAUUAUAUCAUUUCUUGGAUUUUUGUCUUACAUUUUACUCUUUCUAAUCUAAAAUUGCUCGACCCAACCUGUGUUGCAUCAACUUUAAAAUAAGAAGUUAGAAUUAUUAACAGUAAAUAUCUGACUGUUAUAGUCUGUCAGUGAAAGAGAAUUUUUAAUCAGUGAUCAGUUUUUAUAUGAAUUUUACACCCUGUUCUAACAGUUUUUGUUUGCAUGUUUAUAGUUUUAUAUUCAGCUACCAUAAAUUAACAUUUUUAAACUCAAUUUUGCGUCCAACUUAUGAAAUCGUACGUGGUGACAGUAACUGUGACUGGAUAUUUUUGUUUUUUUUGCCUUGUGAUAAACGUAGUUUAUAUUAAAUCAGCCACUAUGUAUAUAUAUAUAUAGUUAUAUAUUUAUAGUUAUAUAUAUAGUUAUAUAUACAGGGGUUGGACAAAAUAACUGAAACACCUGGUUUUAGACCACAAUAAUUUAUUAGUAUGGUGUAGGGCCUCCUUUUGCGGCCAAUACAGCGUCAAUUCGUCUUGGAAAUGACAUAUACAAGUCCUGCACAGUGGU